AAACAUACAACUCCUAUCUAUAAAUAAUAGUCAAUUUGAUCAGAAUCAUCAUACAAAAUGGCAAACACACCUAGUAGCUAUAGUACUAUUCCAUCUAAUACAAAAGCUUGGGUUUAUUCUCAAUAUGGUAACAUAGAAGAAAUUCUAAAGUUUGAUCCUAAUGUACCAACACCACACCCUAAGAAAGAUCAAGUUCUCAUCAAGGUUGUAGCUGCUGCCCUUAACCCUAUUGAUACUAAGAGGGCUCUUGGCUAUUUCAAGGACACUGACUCUCCUUUGCCAACUGUGCCAGGAUAUGAUGUUGCUGGAGUGGUGGUUAAUGUGGGAGAUCAAGUGAAAAAAUUUAAGAUUGGAGAUGAAGUUUAUGGUGAUAUUAAUGUGAACAGUAUAAACGAUCCAAAAACUGUUGGUUCUUUGGCAGAGUAUACUGUUGCUGAAGAAAAAGUACUUGCUCACAAACCAUCAAGUUUGAGCUUUGUUGAAGCUGCCAGCCUCCCUAUAGCAACAAUUACUGCUUAUCAAGGACUUGAAAAAGUUGAGUUUUCUUCUGGUAAAUCUAUACUUGUUCUCGGAGGUGCCGGUGGAGUUGGAUCUCUUGUUAUUCAGCUAGCCAAACAUGUUUUUGGAGCAUCUAGAAUUGCAGCUACUGCUAGCACAUCAAAACUUGAACUUUUGAAGAAGUUGGGAGCAGACUUGGCUAUUGAUUAUACUAAAGAGAAUUAUGAAGAACUUGCAGAAAAAUUUGAUGUGGUGUAUGAUGCAGUAGGUGAGAGUGAGAGGGGACUAAAGGCAGUUAAUGAAGGUGGAAAAGUUGUGACAAUAGUGCCGCCCGGAACACCGCCCGCUAUCCCUUUCGGACUUACUUCAGACGGAGCUGUGUUAGAGAAAUUGAAACCUUACUUGGAGAGUGGCAAGGUGAAGCCAAUAUUGGAUCCUAAGAGUCCUUUUCCAUUUUCUCAGACUGUGGAAGCAUUUUCUCAUCUCAAUACUAAUAGAGCUAUUGGGAAAAUAGUUAUACAUCAUAUUCCUUAAAAGUAUACUAUUUUCCCCCGCAACAACUACAAAGAGGGGACUGGAACCACUUACUAGAACUGAUCCCCGAACCAGAAUAAACCGGUAGUGAAAGUAAAAAAAAAUGUAUUUGUAUGUUUAUGAAGUAAUAAAAGAAUGUGAAAUGACACAAGUUAUGAAUAA